AUGGCAAGCUUAGUUCUAACAACCUCCCUCGUCCCGAGGAGCACCCCGGUUAAACUAGCAGCCACAAGGAAUCCAUGGAGCUCCAAGUCGAGGAACGUUGUGCGGUUAAGUUCAAAACAAGAUUUUUCAAGUGCUUGUGAAAAAGCCGCUGAGGCUGCAAAAAGUGGAGCAAAUACGGCUGCCCAGAAAACAAAAGACUCGGCACAAAAAGUGUCUGAAACAACACAGGAGAUAAGUGAUAAAGCGAAGGAAACGGUGCAAGAUGCAUGGGGAGCAGUCAAGGACACAACAGGGAAGAUAAUAGACACAGUGGUUGGGACAGCUGAGGGAUCAACGGAUACCAUUAAAGAUGGUGCUAAAACCCUCAAGCGCAACAUCAGUACCUGA